AUGGGGCAGGUGCCUCGUCAACGCUUUGUGAUAGAUCCUGUGUGGAAACUCGUGGACAAGAAGGACUACGAAAGAUUAUGGAAGAUCUUUAUUGAUGACUGCGACCAAUGUGGCUUUAUUGGGUUCGAUAUGGAGUGGUCCUAUGAAAAGGUAAUCCCUAUCGGUACCAACCAAACAUCUUCUAGGCCAAAACAAAUUGAAUGCCCAGUGGCAACAGUACAGCUAAGUUCUCGACUUGUCACUUUUGUCGUGAAGUUCAUCGAUCUAUUCUGUAUUGUGACUCAAGGCAAAUGUAAUGAUCCUUAUGCUCUCCUUUCUCAUGACUGGCCUUCUUAUCGUAUAGGUGAAAAAAAGAAUCCAGCCGAGCUCAUGGCCAAGAUAUACCAAAAUAUUGUGUCCCUUCUUAAAAAUGAUGCUGUUGCUAAAGUAGGAGUUGGUAUUCAUGGUGACAAAAUUAAGUUUCAACGGGAUUAUGAAGGUCUGAUAUUAAGUCCAUGCGUAGAUUUAGUUGAAUUGGCCGCGCAUUAUCAUGAGAAAAAGUUAUGUGGCACCUCUCUUGAUAAGCCAGAUGAGGUUUCAGAGAAUGAGGGGAAGGGUAAAAGUCUUAAAGCAAUGAGUGCUAAGUUUGCUGGCAUAAUACUAGAUAAGGAUUAUUCUAUUAUCAGAAGCAAGUGGGGUGGGGCUCUAGGAUCGCUUUCAAAAAUGCAGAUAAAUUAUGCCGCAGCAGAUGCGGAAGCUUCAUUUGACGUCUGCCUUGGUAUACUUGUACAGGCUGGCCUUGUCUCGGCGAACACUUCAUCACCUUCAUCGAUUUCAAGUACCUCGUGUCUUCCCCUAUUGGAACCCCUUUUCACAAGGACUGAAAAAGCUACCAAAAAUGGUACUCAGCAGAGACAGAAAUGUUUUCGCAAUACUACUGGGACACCACCAAACUAUGAAAGUUUGUUUCCAGAUAGAACAAAUGAUACUUUGAAUGUCACAGAAGCUACUUAAAGCGAUGCUAGGACAAAGUUUGUAUCUUCAAUACAAAUGUUGCUUCAUUUUUAACUGGAGUAAAUUAUAAAAAGUGUUUGACCUAUUCGAAAAAGAAUUUGCCAGAGUAAUUGAAUAGAGGACCGAAUAGAGAUCAGAUGCUGAGAUUGUGAAGGAAAUAUCUGCGACUCAGCUAUUUUCUUCACCGCUUCUCAAAAAUAUAAGAAAGAUCAUACCAGAUUCUUCUUGAAACACAUUUGGGAGUCUCCGCAUGAAAUAAAAUAAAUGGGUCAUUCGCUACGAGUGUCUAAGGUGGCGUUGAGACAGAAAGAAAAUAUAUGAAAAGUGUAUCGUUUGUAAAAAAUCAUGUUUUUAUAUGGUUCAGAUUCAAUAGAAAGUGAUUCUUCUCUUUGGUUGUGAAAUGAUAAAAUCUCAAACGUCAAAAUGUCUGGUCAUGCUAUUGCUUAGUUUAUGCACUAGGGGCGACAGGUAUUGUGAAAAUAAAGGUUUCUCAGUACUGUCCAUCGGGUUGGGUUUUUGAAGGCAGAAUUCUCUGCUGAGAUAU